CGAGUAUGUAAAUCGAUCGGGAUCGAACUGAUUAAAUAUACGGGAUCGGUAUGCUGUUUGUUUAUUUUGGUUUUAAAAACCAUGAUUAGGGUGUCAAUCCCCUCGUAUCACAAAGUUGUAGAGGAUAAUAAUGACUCGUAUACGGCUUUCAUCAUUGAAGUAUGUGUUGUUGCAACUGGGAAGACUUUAAGUGUUCAGAAGAGGUACUCAGAAUUUGAGAUGUUGCACAAACAGUUAAAGAAACAAAUCAAAACACCAGAAUUUCCUCCAAAGAAAAUGAUGAAGUUUAGCAAUAAAGUAUUGGAACAAAGAAGACUUGCAUUGCAGACAUAUUUACAAGGUGUUGCUUUGGCAGACAAGAUUCCUAAAAUCCUCCUGCAUUUCCUUGAUGUGGAGCAAUACAUGUACCAUGGAAGUCAAGAUUCUCUGGAUCAGUUAGACGUGAGCAACAGAACAACCCACCAAUCAAUGAUCGCAUUCCCUCCGGAGGUCUACCUACAGGACAACAGAAAUGGGUCCUGGGACAUCGUGAGUGCUGGAGUUUUAGCAGCUUUAUACAACAAUGUGGAAGAUCUCGUAGUGCGAUGAUAACUACUGUGAUGUAAAUGAACUAGUCAGCUUUUUUAGAAUUCCUACUGCUAUAAUAGCAGUCUAAUGGACAACAAUUGUUUUAUUGUUUACUUUAAUAUGAUUUUUUUAAUUGCAUAUAUAUCUUUGAUAUAUGAAAUAAUAUAUUUGGCAUUACUAGGUAAUUUACAUGUUGAGAAAACUUCUGGUAUAAGAAUAUGUUUUUAUAUUCAUUUACCAGCAUCGUGGCAUAUGAUCAAUGAUUUUGUAUUUUAUGCAUUUUUUUUAUUUUUUGAAAAUUAACACCUUAGUCUAUAUAUGUUGCAGUCAGUGAGGGCUUGUCUCUAUCAUCUUGUAUUAAUUUGCACUACUUUAUCUAUUUUAAAAUCUUUUAAUUGGUGACGUUAAUGCUUGUGCAAUAUGCUCACACUACCAGAUUUAACUAUUUCAGUCUCAAUGUAUUUAGAAUAACUUGUUGUGCAAUUCAGCUUAUUUAUUAUAAUUGUAGCUUUCCAAUGACUACCACUACAUUCUCUCUUCAUUGGUAAUUAAUAAAUGAACAGAAAUAACACAAAAA